GUGGGGGGGGGUGUAAAAGAUAAAUCAAAGUAGUCCAGAGCUACCCCAAACCUGGAGGGUGCAGCAUCCUCAAAAUGGAGGCCAUCACUGUGCUCUUCCAGUGGCUGACUGCUUGGCCUAUGACAUACUACCACAAACAGCAGGCCCCCAAGAUUGAAAUGAAAUGUGGCUUUGUGAAUACAAUGUGGGCUCUGGAGUCAGAAACUCUGCCAUUUGUUGGCUGGGUGACUUCAGAUGUCUCAGCCUUGAAGAGUUUCAUUGUAAAUGUUAUUAAGGAUUAAAUAAAUUGUACGUGUAAAGUAUGUGUCUAAUAUAAAGCCUUGGAGUUCAUAUAAUUUUAUUACUCCCCUUGUUGUCUACAGUGGCUUGAAAUCCCAUUCACUGGCUCUUUUUUCCUAGCACCACAGACCUCUUGACUUUCCCUUACUAUCUAAUUCCAAUGGCUUCCCUUCACCGGUUCACCCUCCAUUUGUUUCAAGGCCCUCCUUUUUAUAGAUAUAGGAAUUUUUCUCUCUUCUAAUUAUUAAACAUUUAUUAAGUGCCUAUUCUAUAGGAAGUUCUCUGCUUCAAAAUGUCUAGAAGUUACAAGGAUGAAGGAAACAAUCUCUGGCCUCAAAAUGUCUGGAAAAUAAGAACUUAUUCAAGAGCCCAAAUAGAGUAAAUCCCCUUUCAAAAUCAUAAAAUCCCCCUCCAAAAUAUUCUGAAGUCUUCCCAGCCUCUUGGUCCUCAACUUCCUUUCUUCUUGUCUCUCUGAAGUUCUAGUUCUUUGUUAUGACACAGAUUCUGGAACCUUCACAGGCCACACUCCUUUAGUCUGCUUAGGUCUGAUUAACCUGAGCCACAUAGUUCCUCUGUAACCCUCUGCAUGCUUGUCUACAAGGACCUCUGCCACAUCCAAGUUCAUACUGCUCAGAAACAGUGAGCUUGGGGUGUUCCUUUUAUCUUGAUCUCCCUUUGACAAAGAAAUCCGGAUGACACAGAACCCUCUGAAGACAACACCUGAAAAAUGGCAGUCUUGGAAAUAACUUUGGCUGUCAUCCUGACUCUACUGGGACUUGUUAUUCUGGCUAUUUUAUUAACAAGAUGGACACGACGCAAACAAAAUGAAAUUGAUGUCUCAAGAUACAGUUCAGAACAAAGUGCUGGUCUUCUGGACUAUGAAGAUGGUAGAGAUUUUCCCUCUCAGAGAUCUAAAAGAGGAAGAGGAUUCCGACAUUUAUAUUCAACAGAAAGUGACACUUCAUAUGAUGAUCGAGCACUGUCUCAAUCAAGUAUUGCUUUGGUGCAAGGAUCCAUGAGUAAUACAAAAGCCUUCAAAGCAACUUCAGAACCUUUAUCAGGCAGUGCAAGACCCAUAACUGGAGUCAUUGGACCCAUAAUGCAAUUCACAGCACCAAUUCCUGGCGGUACAGGACCUAUCAAGCUGUCUCAAAAAACCAUUGUGCAAACUCCAGGACCUAUUGUGCAAUAUACUGGGCCCAAUGUGGAAACUUCAGAAAUGACCACUACAGAAUCCUCUUUGGAAUCAACUCCUCACACAAACAAGGGAGCGGUUCCACCUGCCCUCACUGGUCCACCACCUUCAGUGCACAGUGGUUUGCCCUUGGCACCAAUAAUGAUUUCACAAAGAACCUCAAGUAAGUUCUUUACUUCUCAGCCUGUCAAAUAUAAGACCUUUUCUGAGCACAGAUAUUAUAUUUUUAAAGUGCACCAAGGAUUGAGAUUCAUGUUUCCAUACUUUUUGCUUUCAUAUUACCCACAGGCCUCCCAAUUAGAACUAAACAGCAAUGUGAACAAUUAUCCACACAUGAGAAUACCUUCAAGAAGCCAAGGAUUCCAGAUGAGGGACUACAGCACCUGGCUAAAAACCUUCCAGGGCUUAGGCACAAAACGUCAUACGAUCACCCCUCUCCCACAGUCUCUUCUGCUCACCCUCAUACAUCUUAUAGCAGAGAUCACUGUGUGCCUUCAAAUACCCCAUACCUGUUUCACCUGCAAGGCACAGAACCUUCUUAAUGGGUGCUUGAAGAGAACAGAGGGAAAGGGGGAGCAACCUGAUGCUGGCUACAAGACCAUGCUGAGUGUGGGGUUUGAUGAAGAGAAGAUAGAACCUGCUCUCAUAGAAGGGAGUGACAGUAUGGGCAAACCAAAAAGACAAGAAUACCCAAUUACUCCAAUACCUAUUGUAAUUGGUCCAGUAUCAGCUGUGGACAGUUCUGGAAAAAUCACACUAACUCCUAUGGUUAUAUUUCCAGGUCACACGGAUGCACAAGUUGCAAAAAAGUCAGAUUUCAAGGCCCAUAUUCUAAAAAAUGAAGACACUACAAAGACUGAGAACAGCCAAGAAGAAAACAAGAAAACAUUAAAGAAAAUCUUAUUUACAGAUUCUGAUGAAUCCUUGACCUUAAGGCACAAAACAGAGUCAAAAAGCAAAGCAAAAGGCAUUGAGUUGGAGGACGGUGAGAUAGGUAUGGAGGUUGAGAAAAAGGAAAGUGACACCAGGAUGCUGGGAGAAGAAGACCAAAUAAAGGGGCGUGACACAGGAAUACCAAUAGAAGAGGAAGCCCAAGUAAAGAGAAGUGAAUCCAGAAUACCACAAGAACAGGAAGCCCAAGUAAAGAUGAAUGACACUGGGACACCACAGGGACAGGGGUUUCAAAUAAAGCAGAGUGAGUUAAGAACACAAGAAGGACAGGGAUCUCAAGUAGAGAAGAGUGAGUCCAAAAUACCACAAGCGCAGGAGUCUCAAGUAGAGAAGAGUGAGUCUGAAAUACCACAAACACAGGGCUCCCAAAUAGAGAAGAGUGACACCAGAAUACCACAAAGACAGGAGUCCCAAGUAAAGAAGAGUGAGUCUAGAAUGCCACAAGCACAAGGGUCCCAAGUAAAAAAAGAGAGUUCUGAGAAUAAAGGAAAGCAGGACAAAAACAAAGGAGAUGCAAGGAAGAAGAAAGAUACAGGAGAAAAUGAUACUAUGAAGAAAAGUGAUGAAGGAAAGCACAAAGUUAAAGGAAAGAAAGAAUUAGAAGUCAAGAGUAAAAAAACAGAAGGUUCAGUAAGGGGCAAAGUCAACUGAUUACUAUGAUUCCCAUCCUCCAAAUACAAGUCAUAACCCAGUUAUUGCCUAAAUGGAUCAUAAUUACAGAAUCCCUUUAAUUUAUACAUCCACAGAGUGUCUACUGUAGUUCUUUCACCAUUUUUAGUCCUCUCAGCCACAAAUCUCAGCUUCCAAUUGUUUGUUUUCUAAGUUGAUAAUUAUGACUUAAUCAAGAAAGACUGGAUACUUUCUGAAAUAAACAUUUUGACUAAAGAAAUGUAUAAUUUUC